GUACGACCUUGUUUUUGUUGAUGUUUAAUUUGAGUGCGGCUGCGCGCUGCUCAGUGCUUUCGCCGCUGCUGACGCGACUUGGCACCAAAAAAAAAGAGCGUGAACCCUCUGGCAGUGGCUAGCGACUGUGUCGACACUGAAGAGGUUGGACAGCCCGAGUUUAAUACUAUUUGCGAACCUACGAGAGUUAUUAAGCGAUCAUUUUAGCCAGCGACUAACCAACCUCUCCCGUAUGUGAUCGCCCUUCCUCCUCGUCGGACGCUGCUAGCGAGGGCCAAGGAACAAAAUAGCAUAUCGCCAUUAUAUGAUCCAGUGUCCAGCGUCACUUUUACCCUCCAUGUGGGUGAGGGAAUUGUGUGUAUCAGAUUAUGGCGAGAAAAACAGUUAGCAGGAAAAGGAAGGCAGGAGAGCCCAAGGAACAACAACAGCUGGGCUGGUGUCAGGCACCACACAAGCGGAGCCGUGUUUCUUGUUCAUCACGUCAUGCCCAGCAGUGGUGGUGCAGUCGGAGAUCAGUGGUAUGUGCCCUCCGGGGGCGGGAGUUCAGGCCUCAACAGCAGCAUGAAUUGCGGCUCCAGCGGAGCCUGCGGGGCUUUGCAGCCGGCAGGCUCCCUGGCAUCCUUAAGGAGAGGGAAUUUUCUCUGGGGCGACUCAACAAGGUGUUUGCUUCACAGUGGCUCAACCACAGGCAGGUGGUGUGUGGGACCAAAUGCAACACGCUAUUUGUAGCUGAUGUCCUAACAGGACAGAUAACACGCAUUCCCAUGCUGAAGGACAGGGAGUGUCACAGUGGAAGCUCGGGGAUAGUGAAUGCAGUGGUGGCAGGGAGGCAUUACCACUCCAUGGCAGGCUCUCGUUCCCGGAUGGACCAGCAGGGCUGCGGGAUCCAUGCUAUUGAACUCAACCCCUCCAGGACGCUAUUAGCCACUGGAGGAGACAACCCCAACAGCCUGGCCAUCUACCAGCUGCCCACACUGGACCCUGUUUGUGUUGGAGAUGAUGGUCACAAUGACUGGAUCUUCUCCAUAGCAUGGAUCAGUGACAGCAUGGCUGUUUCUGGGUCCAGAGAUGGCUCCAUGGGCCUGUGGGAGGUGACAGAGGAAGUAAUGAGCCAGGCAGAGCGCAGCCAGAACGAGGAGUCGGUACCCUCCUACGCCCACAUCUCCCACCGUGCCCUCAAGGACAUCCCAAAAGAAUAUACCAACCCAUACAACUGUAAAGUUCGUGCUCUGGCCUUCAACAACAACCAUAAUGAACUGGGUGCUGUGUCUUUAGACGGCUAUUUCCACCUCUGGAAAGCUGAGCACAACUUGUGCAAGAUACUGUCCACCAAGCUGCCUCACUGCAAAGAGAAUGUGUGUCUGGCAUAUGGACAGGACUGGUCAGUGUAUGCUGUGGGUUCUCAGGCCCAUGUUUCUUUUCUGGAUCCACGGCAGCCUACACACAGCAUCAAGUCUGUCAAUUCCAGAGAGAGAGGAAGCGGGAUCAGAUCUGUGAGUUUCUAUGAGCACAUUGUGACAGUUGGCACCGGCCAAGGCUCUCUUCUCUUCUACGACAUCCGGGCCCAGAGAUUCCUGGAGAACCCUUUGAAUCCAACCGGGGGCUACCGGAAGUGCCCAGGAGAUGGCAUCCUCAAGCUCACUACAGGGAAAGGCUGGCUGAAUCACGACGAGACGUGGAGGAGUUACUUCUCAGACAUUCAUUCCUUCCCCAAUGCGGUGUACACCCACUGCUACGACGACUCUGGCACCAAGCUGUUUGUAGCAGGUGGACCGCUCUGUUCCGGCCUGCACGGCAACUACGCGGGGCUGUGGAGCUAGCCUUUUCAUCUCCUCCAUCGUUCUAUCACUACAUCCUCGUCCAUAUAUUUACUUAACCAGUCCCUCCAUCCCUCUCCCUCUUGGUCUGUUGACGUCACUGUCUUUAGGUAUCCCUCUUGCUCAUUAAAUUGUCACUCUGUUUUGCUCACACGUGGACUCAGGAGCAUGAUCUUGCCCCCACUGUGUCACAGCUUUGAAUAUUGUUGUUGUGUAUCUUUGUGUCCACCAUUACACUAUCCACUCUCCUUUUUUUUCACAUCAACUACUUGGUUUUUUUAUAUGAAAAUGUACAAACUUAUUAACUAGUAAUUUUCUCAAGAGCUGCUAAGUCUGCCACUAAGGAACUCAGAGUUUUGACAAAAGUAAUAAAUGUCCUCAUCAUUUAAAAUAUUUACAUCCGAUCCACAGGGAUUAGGCUAUGGUCUUUUGCCGGCUUGUUUUUGUAGUACUAAAGAUAGUGUUUACUGCUGCUUCCUCUGUGACAAACGACAAGCGUCUUUGUGAAACACCUGUGGAAUGUUCUCGCAGAAGUUUCUUUUCAUGCUCUCAAUGAAAUGGUCGGCAAUAAAAACAGAGGGGGAGAGGAAGAAGGAAUGAAGAGACAAUACAUUUCUGAAGGACUGAACCGGAGUGCAGUUUGACGUUUGUUAGAGAAUAUUUCCUGGUUGGGACAGCCCAUCCUGUCCCACAACAAUCAUAAAGAACUUCUCUCUUCUCCUUUCGGAAGUAAAACGAUGAAGCCAAUCAAAAUGGGACUUUGUGUUUAUACUGUGCUCACUGAGAUGAUGUAAAGGAGAAACAUUAAGAUUGCUAAAUGAGUGUUGUUGCUCUGCUAUUAAUUAUUCCCAACAAAUGUGUAUUUUAUUUUUUGACUCUGUGUGAUUUGACAAGCGUACCCCCACAAAUAUUCUAAUUAACUUUAUUUGUAUUUAUUUUUCCCUUUUUGUCACAUUUAUUCAGUUGGUCACAGGUAUUUCUACCUGCUUCUUUUGAAGAAUAUAUUGGGGUGGGUUUUUGCCCUUUGCUUAUGUUCCUGUUCUCUUUGACCAGAAAGCUUUCAGCAGGUUUGUCCCUCUGUGGUGUUCAAAUCCUGAUUUGCCAACCAUUCUAGUGUUACUACAGAAUUUACCUUAAGAUUUUGCUAAGCUAAGUAAAGUAUCAUCAAAUAUGAUGAUGGAUAGAUAGAGGAGCCUUUAAUUAGUGGAUUGAACCCUCCAUCCCCAAAUAUUCUGGGACUCAUCAACAGGAACUGGGAAGAAGAGCUCUAGUAGUUCACUUUGAUCUUCUCAACCAUCUAGCAGUUCGGUGGCAUCCAAUGUUGCAGCCACAUGCAUUUGUAGUCACAGUUGUUAAAAAAAAAAAAAAUCUUUUUUCCUCUUUAGUUUUUGUACCAAGGACUGAGAGAUUCUCCUUGUUUCCUUGUUUGGUAGAGGCAGGGUAGGCUUCAGUUAUGUUUUUGCCUUCCUCAAGUCUUUCUGUGAAAGACUGCCACAGGCAAUCAGUUUUCCUUUUCUACAGUUUUCAUGAUAAUGACAGAUUGAGAAGAAACCCCAAUUACGAACACAAAUUGAACAAUAACCAACACUUUUAAAGUGUAUUUUAUAUAUAAAUGUGUAUAUGUAUGUGUAAAAUACAUAAGGACAAUUGCAUACAUUUUUAUGUAUAUGUCUGAGAAAGUGUGUGGAUUGAUCUGUCAACAUGGUGAUGCCCUGUUUUUUUUUAUACAUGCCUCAUGAAUGUUUUUACAAAUGACUGAAUCUGAGGAUAUUGUAACAUAGACAUCUGAAAAAAAAACAAGCUAUUAAAUCUUUAAAAAAAAAAAAGAGUAAAUAAUAAAAAUAAAAUGUAUAUUGA